UACAGAAAAAGCAAAACAACAUUGAAUCGAAUCACCGAAAUUGUAUUAAUGACCCUCUCAUAACUUGAAGUCUUCUAGUUUUUCGAAAAGUUUUGGAAGAAAAAGUUUUCAAAUGAUGUAAGGUAUAGUUCAAAAUAUUUACUUUGAGAUCUCUACGACACCGAGGAGCUCCUUCGCAAAAAGAGGAACGUCACGUCAUUACCCUGGCUGUGGCACAUAUUUUUGUAGCUUGAGUAGUGCUGGAUUUCACACAAGAUGUCAGAAAACGUGGAGGAAUUUCCACUUGGACCUCCUCCUUCCUAUGAAACUACACAGAAAGUGAACAAUAACACCGACUUGGAAAAGCAAGACAUCGUCAAUCAUUUUAUUGAAAUUUCCGACUAUUUUGAAUUUGAGGAUCCUCCACCAUACAAGGAAAAAGAAUCCUCGAGAGUUUGUGAAGACACCAGUGGAUUCCAGUUUGUCUUUCCACUUAUAACACGUCCUUGGAAAAGAUUCUUCACUGUAUGUCUGAGAGGCCAGUGCAAUCUUGCUCCUGAAAAUUUUGGCCAGAACAUGACAUACUAUCAGCUGAAUUAUUCGUGGAUUUUGUUGAUUGUUGUUAUUGUUGCUGUCGUAGUGACUGAUUCAGAGGAUUUGAACUUUUGCGUUCUUUGGACAAGUUUUUCAGUCCUUCUGAUCUAUGUGCUAAACAUGGUUGGGUUCUGCCCCAUCACUUUGUUAGGUCAGAAGCUGUCCCUUUCAGAACAGUUAACAGCUCUGGUCAUGUUUCAACUUCCUUUCUAUGGUUUGCUUUCAGGAGCUGUACCUUUAAUAUUUUAUAUUGCUCCAUUUGCCUUUUUUGUGAUGAUCCAUGCAUGUUUGACACCAGUGAACAAGGCUGUUACAUGGAUUAGCAAAAUUCACCACAUCUGAAUGGAGAGUUGUGGAAAAUUCAGCUUUCUUUUGACUAAAGCAAUAAAUGAGGGAAUUCUUUUUUUUGCACCCAGGUAGAAAAUUAAACAUGGUGCAAGUAUGGGAAGGGAUAUUUGCAGUAGUGAGGGUGUUCAAGUGUUUUAAUCAAACCUAUACCUUUAAUAUUAUUUAUCAUAAUUGUUUUUAUAGAUGUAGGAUAAUUUAUUUUACUUUUUAAGGUGUUGCUUAGUUAUAGAUAUAUUUAAGAGCGCUGAUCUGUAUAAUGGUAAGUUAGUGGUAAGUUUGGACAUCUCUUUCCCUGCUUAUUCCUUUGUGUGUUUGAGUAACAAGAAAUCUGAAAAUUUUUUGGGAAUUUUUUGUUGUUGUUGUUGUGAUGGACUAACCUUGGAAAGAAGAAGUGUUAGUAGUAUAAAAAUUUAGAAGAGAGAGAGAUUUGAGCUCAAAAUUACUUGCAAUUAAAAGUACAAUACACUUGAUAAUUCUGCACAAAAAAUUUUUGAGUACUAAUAUGAUUUAAUUUGAAAACAAUAAUUGUUGUUAUUUUAAAUUCCUCUCUAAUUAUUCAAAGAUAACUGCAUAGAUAUUUCAUGGGACAAAAUUUUCAAUAUCUCUUUGGAGCACUCACUAGAGAUUCUAUGUCCAAAGUUGGAUACUAAGUAAUUGAUCAGACUGAUAUACUUAUUUCUGACAAACUUAGAAAUAAUGUAAGCAAGGUUGGUCUUUGUUGGAAGAGUUCACUUAAAACAAACUCAAGGUGUUUUGGUAGUCAUAAAGUGAAGUAUUUUAAGUACUAUGCACCUGUUGCAUACAGUUAUAUAUACUGGUAGCCUUGACAAGAGAAUGAUCUUGUUGAUAAUGAUUGACAUUCAGUUUGUGAUUCAUUGUCACUUAACCCUUUAACUCCUAGAAGUGAUUAACAUGUAACUUCUCCCUAAAAUAUCCAUAUAUUAUUUAACAAACAGGUAAUGAAAAUACUCAAACGUAUUGGGUACAAGUUGUUAUCUUGAUCUAACAUUAAAUUCUCAUAACUAAUUUACAAGGAAAUGUUUAGCAGCUGGAUGGGAGAAUUAAUUAUAUCAUAUUAUCUCAUAUCAUGUUGGUUGAAACUGAGCCAAACUCAAUUGAGUUAAUGAAUUGUGAAAUAUGCAAUAGUUUGGUAAAAUGCUCCCUUCUAAAUGGGAAAGUGCAUGUGAUCAACAUCUUAAUAAAGAUGUG